AACCACAUGACUAAAAUAAAAAUGGCGUCCGUCUCGGAGCUGUACGAUGUCACCUGGGAAGAGAUGCGAGACAAACUCAGGAAAUGGCGGGAGGAGAACUACAGGAACAGCGAACAGAUUGUGGAUGUGGGCGAAGAGCUGAUAAACGAACACGCCUCCAAGCUCGGUGAUGACAUUUGGAUUAUUUAUGAGCAGGUGAUGAUAGCUGCGCUGGACUGCAGUCGCGACGACUUGGCCUUGAGCUGCCUCCAGGAGCUGAAGAGGCAAUUCCCAGACAGCCACAGGGUGAAGCGUCUGGUUGGAAUGAGGCUGGAGGCGCUGGAGAGGUAUGAAGACGCCAACAAGCUGUAUGACUCUAUAUUACAAGACGAUCCGACCAACACGGCUGCAAGAAAGCGAAAGAUUGCCAUCCUGAAAGCGCAGGGGAAAAGCACAGAGGCCAUUCGAGAGCUCAAUGAGUAUCUGGAGCAGUUCGUCGGGGACCUGGAAGCCUGGCACGAACUCUCCGAGCUCUACAUCAACGAACACGACUACGCCAAGGCCGCGUUCUGCUUGGAGGAGCUCAUGAUGACCAACCCCCACAAUCACCUGUACUGCGAGCAGUACGCCGAGGUGAAAUACACCCAAGGUGGUCUCGAGAACCUGGAACUCUCCAGGAAGUACUUUGCCCAGGCGCUGAAGCUGAACAACAGGAACAUGAGGGCUUUGUUCGGCCUCUACAUGUCCGCGAGCCACAUCGCCGCCAGUCCCAAAGUCAGUGCCAAGGUGAAGAAGGACAACGUGAAGUACGCCGCCUGGGCCGCCACACAGAUCAACAGAGCCUAUCAGCUGGCUGGCCGGGGCACGAAGGAGGCCAAGUACUCGGUGAAGGCCGUGGAGGAGAUGCUCGAGUCCAUGCAAAUUGCCAUGUCCUAGGUCUCCGCCCACCUCUGCACGUCAUUGAUAUGGCAGCUCCGCCCUCUCCAACCGGAUCCAGGUCCUUUGGGGUGACUGAAACACGCAUCCUCUCCGAUGCCCUCGUUCCGUUUCUUUUUGUUUUUGUUUGUUUGUUUCUGUUUUUUUUGGUUAUUGCUUGUGAUGUUUUCUCUCCCUCCCACACGCCUCAGAGCGCAGAUGGGGGGUGGUACUGAUGCGGACAGUAGAAUGGGAUGCAGAUGGUGCUUGUGAUGCAUACCUGUAAAGCGUUGCAUGACCUCAUCGUCCCGUUGUCUCAUUUCGUGUGACCUCACAACUGUUUCACAUUCGGACUGAACGUCAGUUUUUAGCCCCAUCACUUGUCCCAAUAAAAAAACAUUCAGUUCU